AUGGCUUCCAGCAGAGCAUCAUUCACCGGGGCCCUGAGCCCGACGGCUACGGAAUCGUACUCGUCAUCAGCGACAAGACCACACCUUCUGUCGGCCUCCAUCUCGUCGCUCUCAUCCUCCACAGCAUCGGCGCGCAGCUACUCAGCCUCUAGCAUCUCCAAGACAUACCGUCAGGCGUCGACCUUGUUCCUGACGCGUCGGCUGCCCGAGGCGCUCUCGACGGUCCUGCCGCUAGUUACGCCGCCGCCACCCGACGACCCGAACGGCGAGGCCUUUGAGUCCGCCCCGGUCGCGCGGGCGUCGAGGUCGACGAGGAUCAAGGUCUGGAGCCUGUAUCUCACCAUCCUCAACGCGAUCCUCGAGCUGGACGCCGACGAGGGCAAGGAUGCGUUCGGCACCCAGGAAUGGAGGACGCUCUGCGCCAAGGUCCGCGACGGCCACGUGUGGGAGGAAGUGGUCAGCAACGGCUACCACGGCGUCGAGGGCGACGUGGACUCGGACGUGGUCAUCAACUUGGCAACGAUUCUUCUCGCACACGCCAAGACCCAGACGCUGAAUCAGAAACGCCUCGAGAACUACCUGGCGGCGGCGCGCACGCCGAACCUGGACGCCAUCUCGGAACGGUUCCCCCCGUCGUCGCCGCGACGGUUCCGAUCGCCUGCCCCCGGCAAGGGGCCGUCGCACAGCGGCGGCGCCGACACGCCGCGGGACCUGAACGCGCGGGUCAAGAUCCUCGAGCUGUACACGCUGCACGUCCUGCUGCGCAACAACGAGUGGGACUACGCGCGCGAGUUCAUUAGCAUGAGCCCCGUGCUCGACGAGGAGCGGCGUGACGCCUUCCUGCAGGCGCUGCAGAGCCUGCAGGACGACCAGAAGGACGCCGAGCGGCGCGAGCAGGAGGACCGCCAGCGGCGCAACGACGAGCUCCGCCGCGGCAUCGAGGAGAGCCGGAGACUACGGGCCGAGAACGAGGAGCGCGAGCGGAAGCGUCUAGACGAGGGGCGCGCGCGGCGCGAGGCCGUCUCUGCCACGUCCUCGUUGUCGUCCUCGUCGUCGUCUUCAUCCUCGGGCGAGGUGGACUACGGCAUCGAUCACAGCACACGCGACCGCGAGGGAACCAGCAGCAGCAGCAGUAGCAGGAAACCCCGGCCAAGCAGCGGCAGCGGCAGCAUAUCACGGCCCCUGCCUUCUUCGACCAAGAAGGGCAAAGCGGCCGCCACGGCGCCGCCGUCCUUUGGCACCAAAGCGGCCAUGGUGUUGGCCAACCUCCGCACGCUCGUCGAGCGCGCGGCGCUGUCCUUCCACGCCAACCCGGUGCUCUUGUACCGGACGCUCGCGUUCAUCGUAGCGCUGCUCUUGAUGUUUGGCCGCCGCAGCAUCCGCGAGAGAAUUGCCCGCAUCCUCGGCGCGGGCUGGGGCAAGGUCAAGGCGACGGCCGGCAUGGGCGUCAAGGUCAGCUACAUAUAA